AACAACCCUGACUUCUGUUCUGUAUUCGUUCAACGAUUGGGGACACCCUCUCCAAACAUCCCUUUCGAGGUCGCACACAGUUGCCCACUUGCCCCCCCCCCCUCCCUCUCUAGGCUUUCUUCUUCUUCUUCUUCUUGUAAUGGCAAAUUCAUCUUCUUCAAAGGGAUGGUGGAAGAACCUCACCACCUACGCAGCUCGCAUUUAUUUCUUCCUCAUCAUCCUUCAGAUCCCUCUUUUCAGGGUUCCAUGUAGAGCUGGUAUGUGCUCAAGUCCCAUUCAUGUCACAUCAUCCCAGUUGAUUGCAAGUGAGAUCUUCCCUGUUGCUGCUGUGAAAGCACUUCUCUAUCCUGGAGCUGUCACAAAUGGUCUCAUCACGAACAUGACUUUUCCAAGCUGGGAUAAUCUGCUGAACAUUUACAACUUGACCAAUGUGAAGGAAGCUUCGGCUGUAACUGAUCUGCAGCGGUUGGAGGUGCUAGCAGGAAGCUACUUCUCUGUGGCAGGGGCUAUAAUUGGUGUUCUGAAACCUGGGAGAAUGAGCAUGUUUGGAACACUUCUCAUUAUUUGGGGCCUUGUCAAGGAAGGGUUCCUUGGAAAGCCUGUGAAUACAGAUCCUGCAAAAACUGUUUUCGUAUACCCAACAAUGUUAAUUGCUCUUGUUUGUGCCUUCGCUUCUGUCAAGUACGAUGUCCAGAAGGUCGCGAGAGGUGCCCCAGCUCGCCCCAUCGCCAAACCUCUGCAGAGCUCUUCUAAAUCGAAGCUGAAAUGAGUCAGAAUGCUAUAUACUUAUCGACCAGAGUGGAUCUCAUUUUCUGAUUGUGACAAUUUGUUCUCUUUUCCAACGAUCAUGGAUUGUAUUCUGUUCAUCCCAAUUUUGCAAGGUGAUUUGAAGCGAAAUCAUAUGAAUUUGUCUCCGGAUUUGUUGAAGCGCAUAGUUGUCAAUGCUUAUCUGUGAAGAAUUUUCUGCAA